UCUGCAGCUGCGAUUAUGGCCGACAUACCUCUCCAGCUGCUAUUAUGGUGAUUUCACUUGUGGAUUGCAUGUCACAGCAGCAGCAUGGCCUGGUUAUUUGCCGAAAGGCUCCUACUUUGCCUGUGAUCGCUAGGAAGGUAGACAGAAAUUAAUGCUAAUGAUCGUCGUCAGGUCUUUGAACACAGUUAGCUCGCUGCGGGCUUGUCAAGAGAGACGUAGCCACAGGGCAGAAGCCCGGUUAUCUCAUUCAGCUAAUUUUUUUUUCCGCAUCAUUUCCUUGCCGGCACGAGAUGGACGGUAGACGAGCGAGACGUCCUAAUUCGCCGGUCACAUCCAACCAUCAGGAAUACGCGUCGAACAUGGCUAGAGUUGACUCCUCGCCUCGGCCACUCUUCAGUCCUAAGUUCCUCCCGCUUCUUCCUAUCCCGGCUCGAAGUCCAAGUCCUAGUCGACUCCCUCAGUACCGAGUAUCAGCGAACGCAGCAGGAAGCAUCAAGCCUCUUAGCUUAGUACCUGAACAACUAGACGAAGCAGACUCACCAGCAACUCCAACACCGCAGCCUGUUCUGAACGAUGACCAUUCCAUGGCUACUUGGGGUCUGCAGAUCGCCGGACGUCUCCGGCAGCUUCGGAAUGUGGCUCGGGGACUGAUGCCGAAGCUGUACAGGCUGUCGAGGCUCGUUGACUUGGGUCCUCAGGACUCUCCCAAACCGCAGGAUCAGGUUUGGAAAUCGGGGAUCGUGCCUGAUUUCCCGAAGCUGUGCACGCACCUGUGGAAGAAGUUUCCGGAACACCCACGGAACCUUCAGCUUGACAAGGUGGAUCGAACUGCUCUCGAGGUGUUUGCCAGCUUCGGCUCUCAUUUCCAAGCCUCCCUGCAGCCCUGGUAUGAGGUGCUGGUGGACCUGGCUCUCUUCCGAGAGCACGCCCUUGUUCUGCUGAAUGAUCUCGCCACCAGCAUUGUCACACUCUCUCCUGGAGUGAACCCUCUUGUGCUUCACUCCUUCAUGCGCCUCUUUUCCGAUUUUGUGCGAGUUAACCUCCUCUCUUUAAGGGCGGGGAAGAGAAUGAUCGUGCAGGUGCAUGCACUGAUAGUGUACUACACCAACAACGGCCAAGUGCCGGAGAGUUACGACAGGGUGCUGCGGUACGUAGAGGCGUACGACACCCCCAUGCUCGGACUGCAGGAGGACCUCAAGACCGUUGCUACCCGGAUCGCCAAGGCUGUGAAUGCCAUUUCUCCGGUGAUCCUCUCAUGGGAAAACACCCAGAAGCUUCGCACUGACGUGUUUGUGAAGCCCUUCGCAUCGUGGCCUGAUGUGGCAUCCGCCCCUCCCCCCUGGGACCCCAUGAGCGAGGAGCUGGUGGAGAUGGAGGCGUACACAGAGUGGGCCCUCUUCGCCCUCCUCACAUGCCCUGUUGAGGUGGUGCGAGGCACCACUGCUGCUGCUGCGCUGAUCAAGACUCUCCUUCACUCGCGCGCAAUACUCCCUCUAUUCAGAGACGAAGUCCUAUGUGUGCACGUGGAGGUGCAGCAGUGGGUGGCGGGGAAGUUGGGGGAGGGGAAGAAGGCAGCCAAGGCGGCGAGACACCACCACAGGCAGCAGGGAGCAGAGGAGGAGUAUCAGCGGCUCAGGGAGUGCUUCCGACUGGUGGGAGACCUAGUAGACACGAGCGGCAUGCACGCAUGCCUGCAGCGCAUGGCGGACUCCCACAGAAGAAGGCGGUUCAUUCUGGGCCACGAGGGCAGGCGAUUGCUGCUGAGGCUGGGCGAUCAGCCCACGCUCCUGCCGCCCAUGCUGCAGCUCGUGCGGGCCGUGCUGGCUCUGCUGCGUGCCGAGGUGCACUGGGCCAUCCUGCACACCUCCUGCCUCGCCCAAUCCGCUCCUGUCACGGGCCCGGAAGCUGACUCGGUAGCAGUGCUGAUCGACACCAUGUUCCGCCUCGUGUCGCUCAUUCAGACGCACAUGCUGGCCAUCCAGGCACAUGCGUCCUGGCAGGUGCAGUGGGGUGCGAGGCGGGUGAGAGACCUGAUCGCGCUGCCAGCUGUGCGCCAGCUGGCGAUGAGCGCCCAGCUGGAGGCCUUCUUCCGCGACACGUCAGCGUCCAUGCUGGCGGCCGCCCGGUUCCUCUGCGAUGCUGACGUUGCGUCUGGUGGCAGUGGCAGGGGUGGUGGUGGGAGCAGCAUGGAGUAUGAGGAACGCCUGCAAAUGCACGCCCUGGCAUCGGACCAACUAGCUUGGCACAACAUGAGGGUGGAGUGGCAGCAGCUGCAGCUGUUGCUCUCGUCGCCCUUCACCACAGUCUCAGCCAGAGUGCUGCACCUCGUGUCCGGGGGAGAUGACGGGCCGACUAGUGUGGUUACGGAGUGCAACCGCCUUUACGUCUGGUCCAGGUGCAUUGAUCAGCUACCACAAGUGGUGGACGAGCAAGCAUCCUUGCAACUCAUGUGCUACUAUCGACCACAGAUGACUCAGGUGUUUCGUCAGGUGGUUUUCUCCCCACACAGCACGCCAUCGCACGCCAUAGGGUGGCUCAUGGUGGCCCAAGCCUUCCUGCACAACCUGCCGCACUCACUGCCGGACGAGCACGCCUCCUUGCUGCCCACAGCACUGCAAUAUGCUGACUCUCUGCUGCACGCCGUCAUGGGGGGAGUUGACUCCCUCCUCGCUGCGCUACAGUCGGACCAGGGACUGGCUGGGCUACAGAUGAAGACGCUACCAGCAGCAGCAGCAGUCUUGCUGAGUGCCACCACUAAAACCACGCCCACGCACCAACAGCACCUGCUGCAGCUGCUGCCAGGGAGCGAGAGCCUGCCCCACAACCGAGCACACAUUGCCGGCAUCAGCGCAUCGCUGCACAAGCUAGUGGAUCUCGUAUCGGCCAUUGACAGCCUGCCACCUGUCAGAGUCGCUGACCAUGCAUUCGUGCCCAGAGAGUACUUGAGGGAGCGGUUGACCCGCCACUUGCGCGUGAGGCUCCGCUCCGCCAUCCUCCCCAACGGCCACCUGCAGCGCCCCUCGGCCUUUGAGUCCGCCCUCACGCGCUUCCUCCUCCUACUGCUGCUCCUGCAGCAGCACUGCUCCCUCGACCUCUCUAGGACCAUCCGCGAGGUGCUUCUGGGGGAGGCGUUUCCCAGGAGGGAGGGAUGGAGUGCGGUGGAGAUGGGGAGAGAGGAAGGGGGAUGGGAGCGCGAAAGCGGGAGGGGAGGGGAAGGGGGGGAGCAGGAUGGGGAGGUGGUGCACGGAGAGCAGGUAGAGGGGGGGUGCAGGGACUUGCAUCCAGAGGUGGGAGGAGGGGUAGGGGAAGGGGCAAUGGGAGGCCUGGGAAGCGGGGUAGAGAGGGUAGAAGUGGAGAAGGGGGGAAUGGAAAGAGGAGGGGUGGAGAGAGAAGGGUUGCAAGGCAAGGCAGUGUCCAGCAUUUUGGACGCGAGGCUGAGGAAGAGCGGUGGUUGGAAGGGGAGAUGGUCAGUGGGGUCGAAGCAAGGCAAGGGCGCAGGCAUGGGAAUGGGCACGGGAACGGGUAUGGAGGAUAGCAGCAUGGGGGAGGGAUUCGGAGAAAUGAGGGAUGGUGGGAAUGUAGGGGCAGGAGGGGCAGGGGGGACAGGGGGGCACGGGGAAGCAUCUAGGCAAGUGGAGGAGGGAGGAGGGGAGGGUGGGUUGGGAUGGAGUGAGGAUGGGAUAAGUGGUGGCGAUGACAGCUUUGACGGGCCGAGUGCUGCUGUGAUGAUAGCCCGGUGGUACAUUGACAAUAUCGUGUGUGACCGUAACGAUGCCGGGGUGCUGUUCUCCCCGUUUGAUGCGACGUUUAGAAGCACAGCAUGGGGGGGGAGCACAGCAGCAGCAGGAGAAGCAGCAGCAGCAGCAGGGGGAGGAACAGGAGGAGGAGCAAGGGCAGGCACAGCAGUCACUAGCACCAGCAGUCCAGCCAUAGCCACUCGGGGUGCUUCCGCUGCUGCGUCUACUGCUUCUCCUGCCUAUCUUAACCCCCCUUCCCAUUCCAUCCCUCCCGGCAACCUCACCCCUCCCGUGGCCUCAUCUCCAGCCCUAUUCCCAGGUGCAGCAGCCGCAGCAGGUGCUUUCAGCCCCAUCCUCCCCUUCCCAUCCCCUUCCACCAGCCCCAACCCUACCCUCUCCACUCCUCCCCUUCUCUCCACCCCAUCUUCCUCCUCCUCCCCCACCACUUCGGCUUCCGCCUCUGUCUCGACCUUUGCUUCCUCCUCUGCUGUCUCUCCAUACACUGCUGCUACUGUGUCCUCGAUUCUCUCCUCUUCCCCCAUCUCUCCUAUCCUUAGCUCCCCAAAUGUGACCGCUCCUGGUGCACUGGCUGCUGCUGCAUCAUCAGCAGCAGGAGGAAUAGGAUCAGUGGCAGGAGCAGCAGGAGGCGCAGGGGGAGCAGGGGGAGCAGGAGGGGAGGUGGGGAUAGGGACUCGACCAGUGAUAGCCGAGCUGGUGGCAGACGGUGCUGAGCUGGCGGCAUUUGUGCGGCUGUUUGGAUUCUACGGGGCCGAUGAGCUGGCAGGGCGGGUGGUGCGGCCGGUGAUCCUGCGCCUGCUCAGCCGGCUCGAGGCGAUCCUCAGAGCGAACCGAGACACUCUCAUGAUGCUUGCUUCCAAGAUGCACCUCUCCCCUCCCUUGCAGAUCCCCUCUGCUGCUGCUGCCGCCGCCGCCGCUGCUGCUGCUACUGCCGCUGCUGCUGCGAAUUCCGCUGAGCCUUCAGCAGGAGGGGCAACAACAGCAGCAGCAGCACCAACGGCAGAAGCUCAGGCGGGUACAGGUUCAGCUGGUAAAGUCACAUCCGGUGCAGGCACAACUGGCAGCGGCACGCGCUCAACAGAGGAGCAGCAGCGGGCAGCAGCAGCAGCAGCCAUAGCAGCCCCAGCAGAGGAAGCCCUCUCCAUCUGUAUCCAAAUCGGGCACUGCCUCUCCUUCCUCCACGUCCUCUCCUCCUCCUGCUCCGCCACCCUCCACCACCACAUCCCCCUCGUCCUCUCAGUUCUCACCUCCACCGCAUCCCACCUCCCCCCGUCCUGCCCUGAAAGCGUGGCUGCAGGACAGCUGAGGAGGGUUGCUGCUAGGUGUGGGGUGGCGGGAGGGCGGGGGGAUGGCGGGGGCGGGGGAGGGGGAGGGGAGGAGGAGGUGGGAGGGGGAGGGGGAGCAGACGGGUCAUUUGCAGAGGUGCUUGAGCUACUGAUGGAAAUAGGAGGGGUGGGGGAUGCAGCAUGGGCCAUGCUACCGUUUCUUUUCGCAGUGAUGCUAGGAGGGGAGUCAUGGCUCUCCUGUGCCUAUCUCCCCGAAACGCAGGGGUUUUCGGACAAUGCAAACUGCUUGAUUCGCUCCAUACACGUGCUUUUGGCUGGGUGUGAGCGGGCAGGAGCGGAGCGGAGGGAGUUAAAGAGAGAACUUCUAGCACAACAGAGGAUCCUGAGAGGAUCAAAUCGCAACUCGGAAGAUUACGCUGACGAUGACGAGCCGACCGACCUGGUCCGGCUGGCCGGCGGCGUGUGCAGCAUGAUGCGGACGUUUGUGCAGUACGCUGCGAGUUUCAUCUUGAACUCCUGGGAUAAGGGCCCGCGGGGCGCGUGGGCUUCAAGAGUGAUCUUCUUGGACCACCUGUGCCUCUUCUCCCCGCAUUUGCCACGCUCUGUGUUGGAACGCUACCUUCCCUACUCACUCAUCCGAGCUGCUUACGAUGCAUACCACUCCCACCCUCCUCUCCCUCUCCCUCCUCCUCCUCCUCCUCCUCCUCUGCUCUCACCUUCUCCCUCUCCCUCUAGGGUUCCUGAUCCCUCUCCCACCCCAGCUGCUGAUGGAAAAGCUCCUCUGUCUUCACUCCCCUCCUCCUCUUCCCUCUUUCCGCUCUGCAAUCAUCCCUCGGGCCCCUUUGCAGCGAGAAAUGUUCGAGAAAUCAUCCAGCCCCCAUCCCCUCCCCCCUCUUCUCCUCCCCCUCUCUCUCCCCAGCAAAACCCUCUCGACCCAUUUUCUCCUCCACUCUCCUUACCGGGUGCCUUGUCAACCCAAGCUCAGGUGUCCACUGCAGUAGAGGGAUUACCACCCAGCACCGAUCCCAAACAGUCACUCUCCCAACAGUCACAGCUGCAGCUAAGGCCGAAACCACAGGGCCAGCAGUCAGAAGCGGAGGCAGCAGAGCAGCAACGCCCAGCAUACGCAUCUUCGACACUGCUAGAGAUAGCACAGACCAGGGGGUCUGGUGGCGUGGGUGGGGGGCGAGGGGGUCGAACCCCCACUGCCGCUGCUGCAGCCGCUGCAGCCGCUGCUGCUUCUGCUGUUUCUUUUGGCACCGGUAGUGGUGGUGCUGAGGAUGAAGGGAAUUUCUCAGGUGAUUUUUCAGGUGGGGCGUCACCAAGCCAUGCGCCUGCCAUGCGGUGCCUGCCCUCCCCACCUCAAGUCCAGCCCAGGAAGCAUCACCACCAUCACCACCACCACAGCAAGGCGCACUCUCCCUCUGCCUCCUCCCAGAGCCACAUGUCUGGCCAGCUGGUCGAUCCCACGGGUGCAGCAGGAACAGGAGGCACAGGAGGGGCAGGAGCAGCAGCAGGGAGACCCGCACCUGCAUCACCAGCAGUGGCAGCAGCAGCAGCUGCCGCUGCAGCAUCUCUCUCCCUCGCUGCUGCUGCCCCCACCGCUCUCACCCUUCCCGCUGCUGCUGCUGCUGCUGCUGCAUCUGCAGCCCCUGCUGCUUCGUCCUCUGACUACCGCGCCCUUCCCUCUUCUACUUGGACCCAGAUGAAAGCAAAGCCCAAGGCGAAGUCGGGCCAGCUGGUGUAUGGGCUAGCCGGGCGAAUGGGGAAAGCAGGAGGGGGAGGAGGAGGGGCAACAGGCGGAGGCAUGGGUGUGGGGAUGGGGUUGGGGAUGGGGAUGGGAGGAGGUGGGCGCGGAGGGGGAGUGGGGGGAGCAGGGGGAGGGGGGAGAAGAAGCAAUACGCCCAGCAGGAGGCAGGUGCGAUCUGGGCCGUUGGUUUCGGGAGCAUCGCAUGAGGAGAUGGACGUUGGAGAUGCUGCGAUGGACAUGGUCCGAACCACAUCUGCCCAUCCCCGUGCUAGUUCUGCUGCUGCUGCUGCUGCUGCUGGCACUGCGAUCAACCAAGCAUCUGCUGCUGACAGUGCGAACAUCAUUGAUGUUGGUGGUGGUGGUGCUGCUGCUGCUGCUGGGGGUACUGCUGGUGCUGCCGGUGCUGGUGAUUGGGAGUACUCUGACGAUGGGUUUGAUCAAUUCGGGGAGGGGGACGAAUUCUCUCCAGCAGAUGUCUUCGCAGAGAUUGGCCGCGCUGCUGCUGCUGGCAGCGGGGGGGGAGUUGGCCAAGGCACCUGGGAGACCCAAGAUCGAAUGGCGGGAGGAGGAAAGGGGGGAGAAGACGGGUUGGGAGAUGCUACUGCACGUCGCAUGCCGGCGUCGAGGAUCAAAGCGGCAGUGCUAUCAGCCCUGGGGCUGGGGCGGAAAUCUGGAGGGAAAGACGACCUCCGCCCCGCUCCUUCCGCCUCUUCUGCUGCUGCUGCUGCUGCUGAUGCAUUCAUGAGCGCUAGUGGUGGUGGUGGUGCUGCUGCUGCUGGCAGUGGCGGUGUUGCUGUGCGUGCAAGCACGGGUGGCGUUGGCUGGAGGGGCUUUAGUGGGAAUCUCAAACCCUUGUCCCCCGGAAUGAACAAGCGACAGGACCUGGGAGGACAGGGUGGAGGACCGGGAGGUGAGAGGGGGGGAAGGGGGGUAGAGGCAGUGGCAGGGGCAGCAGCAGGAGCAGGGGCAGGGGCAGGCGCAGGGGCAGGCGCAGGGGCUUGGGGUUUCGACUGGACUUUGAACGACAUGCAGCAGCAGCUCCGGCAGCAGCUGCAGCAGCACCUGGACGGCCGCCGAGCCUCGCAUGGAGGUAAGGCAACAGGUUCGGCAAGUGGAGUGUUGUCGGACGCAGGUUCGGUAGGGGCUGGUGGUGGUGGUACUGGGGUUAGUGCGCAUGCUGAAGCCCCAGAAAUGAGCUCCCGGGCUCAGGCGAAUGCAGCCAUUGCAGCUGCAGCAGCUGCUGCUGCCAUUGGACUCGUGCCUCCAUCACUCCAAUCAGCAACAGAAGCAGCAGCAGCAUCACGGCAAGAGGGUGGCAUGUCUGCAUUGCUGCGCGCUAGCAGCAGCAACAGCCGCAUGGGUGCCAGCUCCACCCAAGGGAAUCACUCUCUGGAGCUUCGCAAGUUUGGUGUCUCUGCCUCGGCCCCUCUGGAUCCCCGCCUUGUUGCUGCUGGCGCCGCCCCUGCCUUCCCUGCUCUUCCCCCGGGCUUCCCUGUUGCUGCUGGCUUUCCUGCUGCCCCUGCUGCUGCUGACCCUGCUGCUGCUGCCCCUGCUGCUGCUGACCCUGCUGCUGCUGACCCUGCUGCUGCUGACCCUGCUGCUGCUGCCCCUGCUGCUGCUGCCCCUGCUGCUGCUGCCCCUGCUGCUGUUGCUGGGCUUCCUGCUGACUCUGCUGCUGGCAACACCACGAUACCUGUCCCUGCUCCUACUUCUGCUGCUCGUUCCUCCUCCCCUGCUCGUGCCCAAGCUCCUCCAGCAGCACCCUCCCCUCGUUCCUCUGGUUUCCUGAGGCGGAUAGAGGUGGAGAGGGUGGAGGGAUUAACGUUGCAUGAGCUGGACGCUAAGGUGCUGGGGCUGAAGAGCCUGAAUAUUCCCAAGGGGAAGGACAGGACAGAGGACGAGGUGUUUGACGAGGUACUUCCCCUGAUUAAAAAGGUAGAGAAGUGAAGUAACCCAAGUGAUUUCCAGAGGCUUUUUUGAGGAAUUGGGGUUCCUUGAGCUACUUGCUUGAGCUACUUGCGCAAGGCUUUUUUUUCCUAAGGGCAGAGAGAAGAACCAAUAUUGGUUCAUUCACCUUGCUUGGUUCCCCUAAAAUGUGAUAGUGUAUGUGGAUGCAAUAGGCAACGUCUGAACCCUAUACCCUAAGCCCUGAACAAUAUGCCGAACCACGACAUAGUGCACACAGCAUGUGCCAAUUGCUCUUUUUGCUUCCGCUCCCAUUUUUCUGAAUAGUG